UUCUUCUUCUACCUUCAAGACAACCAACGACAGUGUCCUAUACAGGCACAAGGCCAUGAAACGCCAAGCCGACGAUGCUGGCGGCGGCGGCCAAGGCUCCUCGAAUGCUGCUGCUGCUGCUGCCGCCUCAACGUCGGAUCCGUCGCCCUCGCUCUUUGACCCGACGCACCUGCCCACGCUCCUGCCUCGGAUCCUCUCGCUUGCCUCGCUCGUCGCGCAGGCCUCGUCGUCGUCGGACAGCCUCUUCAUGCGGACAGAAGCGCCAGGCACCGCGCCCGACACUGGCGCAGCAACAGGUGCGCCGUCUCAGAACGAGCAACAGCCGCAAAGCUCGGCCCCGGCCCCGGCCCCGGCCCCAUUGCGGCCAGACAUCACGCUCGGCGCCUCGUCCGAGGAAGACGUCGACGUGGCCCUGCAGCUCAUCCGCGAGCACCAGGCGGCGGCGGGCGCGUCGGGCGGCAACUAUGCGCCGACGAAGCUGCAUGGCAACUUGGUCCGCGAGGCAAAGGAGCUCGAUGACGCCUUUCGGAGAGCAAAGGAGAGCGUCGAUGGCUUGAAGGGCAAGGACCUGGACGUGGCAGAGCAGGAGGACCUCAUCGAGAUACUGGAGAAUUUCAGGCAGCGGCAAGAAACCGUCCGAGGAAACUUCACACAACGAGCAGACACACUCCUCGCCCAGCAAGAUGAAAAGAUGGACGUGUCAUGACGAGCUCGAAAAGAGAGAGAGGCAAAACAGGGCCAUUGUG